AGCACAAAGCACAACAAUGUUCAAACAGAUUCUUGUCGCCUUCGCCACAUUGGCCAUCGCUUAUGGUAAGCCCGGCUUGGGACACUUCGGCUACUCCCCAGUUGCCAGCUACGCAUCCUACCUGCCUUCGACUUAUGCCUACGGUGCCCCGGCCCUCGCCGCCCCAGCUGUAGCUCCAGUUCGAGCUCUGACCACUGCCGCCGUUGCUGCUCCAGCAUACACCGCCCCUCUUGCAUACUCUGCUUACUCACCAGCUGCCUACCCUCUGUCGUCCUACGCUCCCUACUCAUACCCCAGCUACUACAAUGGUUACUCUAGCUACGCUGGAUACUCUCCCUUGACCUAUAGCAGCUACUGGAACCCUGAAUCCAUCUACUACAAGCGCAAGUGA